AUGCUUGAACGCUCUGGGGUCAGUGAAGAAACCGCUCUACCACCAGCCCUCCAUUAUAUUCCACCAACACCAACUAUGGUUUUGGCUAGAGAAGAAGCUGAAAUUGUUAUUUUUUCCGUCAUGGAUUCGCUUUUGGAAAAAACGGGAUUAAACCCUAAGGAUAUUGAUAUUCUUAUUGUAAAUUGUAGCCACUUUUCGCCAACUCCUUCCCUUUCAGCUAUGGUGAUUAAUAAGUACAAACUCAGGAGUAAUAUAAAGAGUUUUAAUUUAUCUGUAAUGGGAUGCAGUGCAGGAGUCAUAUCCAUUGAUUUAGCUCGUGAUCUUCUUCAACAUUACCCUAAUUCAAAUGUUGUGGUCAUUAGCACCGAGAUUAUCACCCCGAAUAGCUAUCUAG